AUGGAGAAAGAUCUAGACAGAAAUGAUCAGACUUCACCAUAUAUUCAGACAGAGCUCUUGCUCUAUUUUUCUGAAGUUGCUAAAGGAUGCACAAAGGAUCUAUGUUUUGAUGCAUUUGUUCCUUGUGAUUCUUGUGUUUUCUCAUGCCUUGUUUAUUUCUUAAUGAAAAUGGGUGUGGCUAUCUACCAAAUGCCAAAGUUAAAGUUUGUCCAAUUUGCAGAGGCAAAGGGACUGAAUAAUGUAUAUCAUGCCAAGGAUCCGGGGUUGUUGAAGGUGUUAAGGAAGUUAAAGUUACAAUACUUGCAGGUGUGGAUUCUGAAGAUACAAUACGUAUACCAGAAGCUGGUAAUAUUAAGCGACAGGGAAAUCAACCUGGUUACAGAUGAUCCUAUAUUUGCUAGAGAUGGUGCAGAUGUUUAUGUCAAUUCUAAUAUUAGCCUUACUCAGGCAAUUCUUGGUGGUGAAGCUAAGGUGCCUACAUUGUCAGGGAAGGUUCAAGUGAAAAUACCAAAAGGAUGCCAACAUGGAGAACUUCUUGUUCUAAGAGGUAAAGGAUUGCCAAAGUAUGGUUUUCUACUAUAUCAUGGAGAUCAGUAUGUCCGCUUCCGCGUUAAUCUGCCAACGUAAGCUUCCUUUAGCUUUUUCCUACUUAUGUUAUUGGUUGGGUGUUUCUAAAUUUAU